AGGUAGUGCUGGUGCUUGCUGAUUGACCAAACACUGUCACAUGGAGUGAGUCACUUGCUCAUCCAUACUUUGAAGAUCAGGGGCGGACUGACAACUCAUGGGGCCCCCGGGCAAUAGAGGAUCAUGGGGCCCCUGUAUCUUUGCCCAAACUCAAAAAAAGCCUAUGAAAAAGGUACCAGGGGCAUCUCAUGGGGCCCCCUACUGACCCCGGGCCCUCGGGCAGUGCCCGAGUUUCCAAAUGGUCAGUCUGCCCCUGGCCAGGAUGUA